CCUCCGCCCCACCCCAGGUUUGUGAACUGUUGGAGUGCAGCGAGGGAGAGACAGGUCUAAUACUGUAAGUUGAAAGAGUCUGUUUGCUGCUUGCAGAGCCCCACGUGUUGCUUGCUCACUAAGCUACAGGUUGGAUACCUGUGACUUAGCGCUUCCUGGCGAACUUCCAUCUGUGAUAGGUCUAUGCAAGCAAAUCGUCCGGGACUCACUGAGCACCAACUCCGCCCUAUUUCAGGCUCCACUUUAUUAAGGAGGUGGAGAGAGAGAGAGUGUGUGGUAGACUGUGUGCAGGCAGUCAGUAACUAAGGCGUGUGGUGAUGGAGGAGAGCGGGCUUUGCCUUUAAAGCUCUCAGUCUUCACACCCACCCCCCCCCCCCCCGAAAAAAAACCUUCUUCAGUCACUGGCUUCUCCCCAGUCUCUGUAUUUCUUUAGUGGACCAUGUUGGACCCGUCCUCCAGCGAGGAGGAGUCGGACGGUGUACUGGAAGGCGAUGCCGCUAAGGAGCCACCGCUGGCCGGCGGGGGGAGCGGCGGGAGCACCCGCUCCCUGCCGGCCACCCGGGUCAGCGAGGGGCGAGGGACGGCCAGUGCUCGCUCCGUCAGCCCGAGCCCGUCUCUGGCCAGCGAGAAGGAGAGAGAAGAGCAGGAGAGGAUCCAGCGGGAGGAGGAAGACUCGCAGAAGAGGAAGGCGCUGCAGCUCUACGUGUUCCUGCUGCGGUGCAUCGCUUACCCCUUUAAUGCCAAACAACCCACUGACAUGGCCAGGAGACAGCAGAAGCUGAACAAGCAACAGCUCCAGACAAUUAAAGAGCGAUUUCAAGCCUUCUUGAAUGGUGAAACACAGAUUAUUGCAGAUGAAGCCUUUUGGAAUGCAGUUCAAAGCUACUAUGAGAGUUUUCUGAAAAGUGAUCGUGUCGCCAGGAUGGUUCACAGCGGAGGGUGCUCUGCAAAUGACUUUCGAGAUGUCUUUAAAAAGAACAUUGAAAAGCGAGUACGCAGUUUGCCAGAGAUCGAUGGCCUCAGCAAGGAGACGGUGCUCAGUUCCUGGAUGGCCAAGUUUGAUGCUAUUUACAGAGGAGAAGAAGAUCUGCGCAGUAAGCCUGCUCGGAUGGCCAUGAGUGCAGUGUCGGAGCUCAUUCUUAGCAAGGAGCAACUGUAUGAAAUGUUCCAGCAGAUCCUUGGGAUUAAGAAAAUUGAGCAUCAAUUGCUUUAUAAUGCUUGCCAGCUGGACAAUGCUGAUGAACAAGCAGCUCAGAUUCGACGGGAACUUGACGGGAGGCUGCAGAUGGCCGAGCAAUUAGCUAAAGAGCGAAAGUUUCUGAAGUUUGUCCAGAAGGAUAUGGAGAAUAUGUACAUUGAAGAGCUGAAAUCAUCUGUUAAUCUGCUCAUGGCCAACUUGGAAAGCCUGCCAGUGGCAAAGGGAGGCCCAGAGUUUAAACUACAGAAAUUGAAACGGUCCCAGAAUUCCUCCUUUUUGGACAUUGGGGAUGAAAAUGAAAUCCAGCUCUCAAAAUCUGAUGUUGUGCUGUCAUUCACACUGGAGAUUGUUAUAAUGGAAGUUCAGGGGUUGAAAUCAGUGGCACCCAAUCGUAUUGUGUAUUGCACGAUGGAAGUGGAAGGUGGAGAAAAACUUCAGACUGAUCAAGCAGAAGCUUCAAGGCCACAGUGGGGCACGCAGGGAGAUUUUACCACCACACAUCCUCGACCAAUUGUCAAGAUCAAAUUCUUCACAGAGAGCACAGGAGUUCUUGCCCUGGAAGAUAAAGAAUUGGGGAAGGUAAUUCUCUAUCCAACUCCAAAUAGUCCAAAGACACCAGAAUGGCACAAGAUGAUCAUUCCCAAAAAUAGCCAAGAUUCAGAUUUAAAGAUAAGACUAGCAGUGAGGAUGGAUAAACCUCCAAACAUGAAGCACUGUGGGUACCUAUAUGCACUUGGGCAAAAGGUUUGGAAGAGGUGGAAGAAGCGCUACUUUGUCCUGGUGCAGGUUAGCCAAUACACAUUUGCAAUGUGUAGUUACAGAGAAAAGAAGUCUGAACCUCAGGAAUUAAUGCAACUAGAAGGAUACACAGUGGACUACACAGAGCACCAGCCAGGUCUGGAUGGUGGCCGAGCAUUCUUCAACGCAGUUAAAGAAGGUGACACAGUUGUGUUUGCAAGUGACGAUGAACAAGAUCGAGUGUUGUGGGUUCAAGCUAUGUACAGAGCUACAGGCCAGUCCUACAAACCUAUCCCUCCAUCCCAGGUCCAGAAGCUGAAUGCAAAGGGAGGAAGUGCACAGUUACCAGAUGUGCCAAUCUCUCAAUUCUAUGCGGACCGAGCUCAGAAGCAUGGAAUGGACGAGUUCAUCUCUGCUGAUCCCUGCAAGUUUGAUCAUUCUGCUCUGUUUGAAAUGCUGCAAAGAAAAACAUUAGAGCACAGGCUGAAUGAUUCAUAUUCUUGUCUGGGUUGGUUUAGUCCUGGACAAGUUUUUGUUCUCGAUGAAUAUUGUUCCCGUUAUGGUCUGCGAGGAUGUCAUCGGCAUCUCUGCUAUCUCAAGGAGCUGAUAGAACGCGCAGAAGGUGGCACAAUGAUCGAUCCAACUCUACUGCAUUACAGCUUUGCUUUCUGUGCCUCUCACGUCCAUGGCAACAGACCAGAUGGAAUUGGAACUGUAACAGUUGAAGAGAAAGAAAGAUUUAAUGAAAUUAAGGAAAGACUUCUAUGUCUCCUUGAAAACCAGAUCACCCACUUCAGGUACUGUUUUCCAUUUGGACGACCAGAAGGUGCACUAAAAGCCACGCUCUCUUUGCUUGAAAGGGUUCUGAUGAAAGACAUAGCCACUCCUGUGCCACCUGAAGAUGUCAAGAAAGUAGUACGAAAAUGUCUAGAGAGGGCUGCUUUGAUCAAUUACUCUCACCUCUCAGAGUAUGCCAAAAUAGAAGCAGCCAGUGGAAAAGAACCAGUGCAGUCACCCAAGUCUAAGCAGCCUCCAUGGCAGAAUCUGCCAGCCAAAAAGCAGACAAGUGUAUCCGAUCUGAGGCAAAGUGGCAUUCCUAAACAGAACACAAAGACCUUAAGCCAAAGAGCCCCCGCCAAAAGAUUGGAAGAUGUAAUUCGACUGGCUGAACUGUGCAUUGAGGUACUUCAGCAGAAUGAGGAACACCAUUCAGAGGCCUUUGCCUGGUGGCCUGACCUAAUGGCGGAACAUGCAGAGAUAUUUUGGUCACUCUUUGCUGUUGACAUGGAUGCAACUCUUGAAGCUCAGCCCCCAGAUUCUUGGGACACCUUUCCACUUUUUCAACUUCUCAAUAAUUAUUUGAGGAAUGAGCCUCAAUUGUGCAAUGGAAAAUUUCACAAACAUUUGCAAGAAUUCUUUGUUCCGCUGGUGGUGCGUUACAUUGACCUAAUGGAAUCAGCGAUUGCCCAAUCUAUUCAUAAAAGCUUUGAACAAGAAACAUGGCAACCAGUGAAGAACCUCACCAACAACCUCGCUAAUGUGAGCCUACCAAAAGUCCCAAGUCUGCCUCUUAAUCUUCCUCAAAUGCCUAGCUUUUCUCCACCAUCUUGGAUGGCCUCUUUAUAUGAUUCCACGAAUGGUUCUUCCAUGUCUGAGGAUCUCUUCUGGAAGUUAGAUGCACUGCAGAUGUUUGUUUAUGAUCUACAUUGGCCAGAGCCUGAAUUUUCCCAGCACUUGGACCAGAGACUCAAACUCAUGGCCAGUGACAUGAUUGAAGCCUGCGUAAAAAGAACAAGAGUUGCAUUUGAAGUCAAGUUACAAAAAAUGAACAAGUCAACAGAUUUGCGUGUUCCUUCUUCUGUCUGUACCAUGAUCAAUGUGCUUGUGGACGCCAAGAAACAGUCUACAAAACUGUGCAUUUUAGAAGGUGCACAAGAGUUUAAUAAGCAAUGGCAGCAGUAUCACUCAAAGAUCGAUGAUUUGAUUGAAGAAACCUUCAAAGAAAUGAUUUCCCUGCUGGUUUCAAAGUUUGUGUUCGUACUGGAAGGUGUACUCUCCAAAUUGUCAAGAUACGAUGAAGGAACUUUCUUCUCCUCAAUUCUAUCAUUCACUGUGAAAGCUGCUGCAAAGUACGUUGAUGUACCUCAACCUGGAAUGGACCUAGCAGACACCUACAUCACAUUUGUACGGCAGAACCAGGAUAUACUUCGUGAUAAGGUCAAUGAGGAAAUGUACAUAGAAAAUAUGUUUGAUAAAAGGAUGGAUGGUAUAAGUUCAAUGAUGUACUUGAGGCUAUUUGAGCAAUGGUACACCAGCUCAAUGAAAGUCAUCUGUGUCUGGCUGACAGACCGUUUGGAUCUGCAACUCCAUCUCUACCAGUUGAAGACGCUCAUAAAAAUAGUCAAGAAAUCGUACAGGGACUUCCGGCUGCAAGGAGUUUUAGAAGGGACAUUGAACUGUAAAGCAUAUGAAACCAUCCACACCCGUUUGACAGUUGAAGAAGCCACAGCAUCGGUGUCCGAUGGUGGAGGCCUCCAAGGUAUCACAAUGAAAGAUAGCGACGAAGAGAGCGAAGAUGUGAAAUAGGACGGAAAGGAGGUGGCUGGUCGUUUGGACUCUUUUUUUUCAACCAGUGUUUGUACCAUUUUUUCAGAGGACGGUGUAAAACAUCAUUCUGGUGUAACGAGAUUAUCCAACUUUAGAUCAUAGCCGUAGGGUGGGAGUGGGAUGGGAAGGUAUAAUUGUGGUCGAACUCUGUGCUGAACUGUGCAAUGAAUGUCCAUCUGCUCCCAAAUCAGACCAUACCAACACAGGGGGUAGUUCUCCCAACUCACAGAGGAAUUGUGCAUUCGAGAGAGGAGCUGCCAGGAGACUUGGCUUCCAGCUUUUCGCGCGGUGGGAGCAUACUGGCAGGAAGGUUGGUGGGGGGGCGGUGCGAGGGAGGUUGGCAGUGGGUGAAGUGCCCAUAAGUGCCAGGGCAACGUGAUAUAUCCCGAACGUUUACACAUUCCUAGCGAGGAAAUCAUCACCAGAUAUUGUGGACUCCUGUCGGAGCAGUGUGCGAGGCUAUUAGUCAUUUGUGCUGUUUGUGGUCUUAAUUGGUGACAUGAAGCAGCAUGAUAGAAUAAACAGCCAUGUUAUAUUGAGAUGUCAGUUGUGCCUAAUGUUCCGGGCUUCUUUGUAAAUAUUGCGAUGCCUUUAUAAAUGCAGCUUCACUAAUACUGUGCGCUUUCUGCGGUCUGGCACAAGGGCAGUACCGCACGUUUGAUCUGAAGAUUUUAAAGAGAGUCUGGGACCCGGCGAUAAAUGAAGCAAUUGUGGGAAAUCGUUCAGUUCAGUUCAGCACCCCAAAUUGAAAUCUGACGUUUCCUUGCUUUUUUCUUUUAAAACCUAUAUAGUUCCGGUGUCGUUGCUGAGAUCGAGGAUCUGCGUGUUUUAAGAAAGCAUCAUUCCCUCUGUUGUCCUCCCUACCGUAGUACCCGCGUUGUCAUCGAUCUGCCGAAGAUACUAUUAAAAUCUCCACCUGUCUAUAGGGAGACGAGUCAAAUAUUGAAGUAUUCCCCGAAACAGUCAUGGCCAAUACCAUUGUUUGUCACAAUUAAAAAUCCGAUAGCAGAAAAGUCGAGGCCGUCAUUGUAGCAAACUCGCUUCUGUAUUUCCAAUUUGUAUUUUCUAAUAGACUUGCCCGGAACAACAAGAGAUGGUGUGUCUGUUCCUAGGAAAGAAUGUUUCAAGGACCUGAUUGACUGGACACUUUAUUCCCCCUCCCCGGGUAGUUGCUGUAUUUUAGAAACAAAAAAUCGGCAUAGUUUAAUGAUCAGAACAGAAUCUAACCAUAAUCACAGAUGCAAUAAGUGGAUUUAAGUUGCAUUUUAUAUCGCGAUAAAUUGCAGUUUUUUUUAUUAAUCAUCUCGUUCAUAAAGUGUGACAAGAUUUAACGUUCGAUUCUGCAUUUCUAACCUAAACCACAAAUUAUUCGUCAGCAAGUAUUACCGUGAGAGGGACUGCCCGCCGUCUGUGUUUAAACUCAGCGGUUCAGCGCUAUGGAAAUGAACUUUCACUAUGUUAGCGUUGGCCGGAGAUAAGGGAAGCAAUGUCAGUUUAUCCCGGCAUCCACGCGGAAAUAGUUAGCACUCUCAUGUUUGGAAUUGUGCUGUGAGUGGUUAUCUUUCUGUAAAUAAAGCGUGUACAACCUU